GGGUGUUGGCAAUGAGAAUCUCUACUAGAAAUACGAACAGAGAGCGUUUGCACCGGAAAAAAUAAUCCGAGGAAGGAGCAGAAGCAGCGCUGCCCAAAGCCCAUCGAGUCAGAGCUGUCCGACCGCAGCCCCGCUGUGACAUCGCAGCGGCAGCACAGCGCCCGGCCUUAUUCGUAGAAGUGAAACUGGUGAAUAAUUGCAGAAAGCAAAGCAGCCUGGAAAAACAAAACAAACAAAACAAAACAAAAAAAAAACCCACGGUCUGAGCGUGAAGGACAAUUUGCUAUUGGAAGCAGAGGGCAGUUUUCUCUGAAUGACUUCGUUGUGCGUUGGCCACUGACGGCUGUCUGAGGUUGAGCUGUGUCACUGGUGGGGAACUGCCUCUGCAGAAUGCCACAGUCUGUGGACACGGCCAAGAGCAGGAGCUGAUCCCAUGGGGAUGAGGAACAAUUUGUGCAGGAGAAGCUGCUCAUUUUGUGCAAAAAAAGGCCAAUGUGUUGCAAGGAAGCGUGCAGGGCGUGAUCGUGGCAGUGGCAUUGCAAAGGGGCUGCAAGGCAGCCUGAGCUCUACGUGCAUCACCUGCCCUGAGAUAUGGGGUGGCAUCACUGAGCUGCUCGCCCGUGACUUCAUGUCUUCCCUUGUAACUGGUGUGAUCUGCAGGGAAUCACUGAGAGUGAUUCUGAGUGCAUGUGACGUCUCUUUGGGGGUUUGGUGUGUCCCCAGUGUAGGUAUAUCACCAGGUGGGUGUGUAGGUAUAUCACAGCCCCCUGUGCUCAGCACUGUGCUUGGGAGGACCCCAGAAAUGUGGGGGUGCUGGGUGAGCAGCUUGAACUGCAACAUCGACCUGAGGCAGAAACAGAAUGCAGAGAGCUGGGAGCUGCCCCUGGGGCCGAGCUGAUGCUCACAGGCAGGAGCCUGCUGGUGUUGCACUGAGCAACACACAGCAGGGUGCAGAGAUGUGCUGCUGCCUUCUUGUUGCACUCCUGCAGCCGGAUGUGAUCUACUUGCUGCGCACCUUGCAGCUUCUUCAGGCUCCACUGCUGCAAUCUGUCUGUGCUUCCUGUCUGCCACCUCUGCUUUUUUUGCUUUGGUGGGGCUUUUCCACACUGUUCUCUUGCUGGAUGACCACCACCACUCUGUGCUUGUGCAGCUAACUGCAGCCAUCUGCCAGCAGACAGGUGGGGAAACCCUCACCUGGAUGAAAGCAGUUGGGUUGGGCUUGCUGACAAACCGCGUAUUCCUGGAGCAACUCCUGCAAUGUGCAUCCCUCCCAGCUGCUGGCUCUGUGCAUCAGGGCUCUGCCCAACCCAGGCAGUAAUUCCCUGCUGGGAGGGGAUGGGGGAAAGCAGCUGGUGGGGGAGGAGGGCUGGAUGUGGUUGAAAUUCAGAGGGAGCUCUCCCAUCUCCAGCACGAGGACAUUCCAGGAAGAGCUUUGGAAAUUAACAAAGUUGCUGCAAGGUAUCUCUGCUGCCCAGGGGUCAGCAGGGUGAGGCAGCAGGAGCCCACCGUGCACUGUGGAGUGAUGCACAGGGCCACCACAGAGAGCUGCUCUGUUGGCCCCCUGCUUGAAGGGCUGCUGGGUGCCCAUGGGGCAAGCAGAGCAGGUUCCCUGUGCAGUGCUGAUGUCCUGCAGAGAAGCUACAACUUAACCAUGGCAUGUUUGCACCUGCCUCUAAAGCUGGUUUUUGUUGAGAUGCAACACUGGGAUGCUCUAUCAGACCUGAGCCAAGAGAGACAAGACUUCCAACCAGCGCCUGCUGCGCACCGCCAGCCCUGAGCCCCCAUGUCUGCACCCACCCCCAGGGGGAUUCCCAGCCAGCACAGCCCCAAGACAGCAACAGCUGAGCCUGCAGCCUGAGCACGGCCUGCAGUGGGGAUGUAGGUGAGAGUGGGGAACGUGAGCACUUCCCAGCGGCCGCUUUCUCUCCGCUCACAUCCAACUUCCCCAGCAGCCCGGGGGGAGCACUGCACGCCCGUCUGAUGCCCAACAUCACAGCAGCAUUGGGAAAUGCGUGCAGGGAAACACCACUGCACGCUCAGCACAGGGAGAGGGUGCUGCCCUUCCGUGACAGCCGCUCUCCUCGAGCUCACAAAUCACACUCUGCUUUUUUUUUUUCUGUGUGUGUGCAUUGGCCCCGCCGUACUUUUCUCGCCGUCAUGUGCCUUUCGGUUCCGCUUUCCACCAUCCAGACAUUUCCCCUUUUUCUUUCCUUUGGAAUUUUUUUUAUUUCUCCCCAUCGUGCCGUGAGGUUAUGAAGGGCUCCGGGCAGUGCGUCCAUCCCAUGGUUUCUCUGGUUGGGAACGGGUGAGACACGUCCUCCAUCCCCAUAGGGUCACAUCCCUCAAAACCCCUCCAAAACAAACAAGACCCCUCUACCCCCCAGAGACUCCAAUAGCUCUGAUUAAAGCCCCAUGCUUCCAGUUGUUACCCACCUUGGGGCGUUUUUGGAGAUGGGAUGUCCUCAGGUGCUCCGUAACCUUUGCAUGAAUGGAUCCUUUUCUCUGCAUAAGCACAUUCUUAAAGGAACAUCAGGCUUUCAUUCUCCACUUCAACCAUUGCGCUUCUCUGUUCACUUGUUUAAAUCAAGCAUAAAGCUCUGACUGUUCUUUGAAUAUUUAUGACCAGUUUUUAUCUCAUGCCAUGCAUACAAAACAUACUUGAUUUCUUUCCUAAAAGUUUUUUUCAAGUGCAAAGUUUUAAAAACAUGUGGCUUUUAUUGCAGGCAGGAAUGAAUAACAGCAUUCCACCAGUAACCACAUUAAAUGGAACAGUAAUAUUCAUAUGCGUAAGGGCAAAAGCUGUCUUGUUUCCUAUUUGCAGUUGAACUCUGAAAUUAAUUAAGAACUAAAAGGAUCUGACAGUCAUUAGGAUCUUUUAAAGAAGGAGUGGAAAUGGCAGAUGGGACCCAUGCUCACAAGGCUCUGCCAUGCACUAUCAAUAGCACUGAGGAUGAGCGCCCCGGACACGCUCUUCAUUGCUGCCAUUGUGCGCAGAAGAGAAUCGUGGUUCUGAACAAUGUAGAACAGUGCUUUCAUGACUUCAGAACCACAGGAUUCACGUCAAUGGCCCUCGUGCUCCUCUGUGCAUCACAGCCCAUCCUGUCGGGGUGUGCACUGGGUGUGUGGGUGUGGGUGCUGCACGCGGCGCCUGCAGGAUGGUGCAAGGGGAGAAGUGCAUGCUGGCUCUGAUUGCAUGCUCUGUGCCAACAGCAGCAGCAUUGCUGAGGCUGCACCCUGCAGCACAGUGCACAGCAAUGACUAAAACCCUCCCCGGGCAGCAUGGAGGGAAUUUCACAUUGAAUUUCACAUUGAAUUUCACAUUGAAUUUCACAUUGAAUUUCCCAAGUGAUGGCAUUUUGGGCCAAAACUCCCAGCAUUGCCUUCCUCCUUCUCCAGCUGCUCCGUGUGAGGAUCCUGCCCGGCCCAAGGCUGCUGGUGCAGACAGCAAGGUGUGAUGGGGUUAAUGGAUGUCCCCACUCAGGUUUUAGUGACAGCUGUGGCCGUGGCAAUGGGUGCUGCAGGCAUUGGGUGCCCAUUGCCCCCAGGGCACAGCGGCCACGUGGCAGAGCCUGGUGCAGAUGAGCUGGAGCUCAUGAGCAGGACGACGCACGCAGCUGGUCCCAGCCUUCCCAGUGAGUUCUGUCUGGGACAGACGCUGCCUUUUCUCCCCACAGUUUCCCCCUAUUUCUUCCCCCGAGCACCACAGCUUCCCUCCUGCAGGAUCCUCCAGUUGCAGCACCCGUAAUUGCCUCGAGAGAAACCCGUUUUGUCGGUGACACUCAGGGGUUAAAACUGUCACCAUCGCACACCCCAUUGGAUCGAGCAUCUGCUGUUUGAUUUAUGAAUGAAUAGCACGCUCCCUCCCUGCAUGCUGCUCUCAGAUCCCCAUCCCUUCCCUACAAAACAGAUCCAGACACCCGCAUGGCCCUACUGAGCACUGUGCUCCUGAGACAGAGUUUGUGAUGAAUUUUUAAUAGAAAGCUUCCUAUAAGGCCCUGCGCCCGUCGAAGCGAGAGGCUCUGCUGCUAAAUAGCAGCUCAGAUGAAUUACCAACUACAGAGGAGGCUGUGAGGGAAGCAAAUCCCAACCAGUAAUGAUUUAAAGAGCCGCUGACCUCCCCGCAAUGUGAAUGGGAGCAUCAGUGCUACAAGGAAGUGUGGGGCCACAAAAUGAAGCACUGGGUUGUGGGGGGUGAGUCCACCUCCAUUGCUCUGAAGGGGAAAAAGCCAAUGGGGGAGGACAGAGGGUGGCUUUAGGGUGGCUGCUGGAGAUGGGCAGGGUGUAGCACCUUGUGCACCUGGGAAUAUUCCCCCCCUGGGGACCAGCUCCUGGUGUUUGGGGAUGGCAUUUACUUAUAUGGCACCUUGAGGACACGGAGGUGGUGAAACUGGUAUAAAAAGGGAUUGGAGAACUUUGUGGGCAGCAGGGCUGUGUGUGGGCACUGAUGUCUGUCACAUCUGGGCGAGGAGGGAACAGCAGUUGGAUGAAAUGAAGGAAGCACCCAGGGUUGUGUCCUCGCUCUGAACAGCAUCGCCACUCCUCACUGAAAGGUGCAGUGAGUUGGGCCAGACGAAAUGUAUUUGCAUAAAGCUUAAUGAAAGGCAAGAGCCUUCUAGGGAGGGCAGCGCUCACCCAGCCCUGCGCACAGCCGUGUGUCACCACACCAGCAGCUGUGAAACCCCCAAGGAUUUCCCAGGGGUGUACAGAAGGGCUGAGACCCACUGUGGAAUGGGGCUGCCCCAUAGGACAUGGGCUGCCCUAUGCGAGCUCCCUGCCCUAUGUGAGCACGUCAGCCCCACAUCGGGUGCUCAGGCCUUUCCUGGCCACCCGUGGAUGGAUCAUCUUCUCACUCGGUGGCUGCUGUGAAGAGGAAGGGAAGCGGGUGGGGAGCAGGCUGGGAGGAAGGGGCCGAGGUGACGCACUACGGGUUGUGCUCUGCAGGGAUGUGGGCUUUUAGGCAGAGCCACUUUAAAGGCAGGUUCCCAGCAGGACAGGAAAAAAAGAGACAGGAAAGGAAGGAAAUAUAAAGCCACUAAACCUGGAACCGAGCAUCGUGCUGACCCCAGGGCUGUCCCAUCACUGUGUCUCGCUGCAGCGAUGCUCCUUUUUGCCUCACUGCACCGGUUCCAUCGGUCCCACUGCUCCGGUGAGGGAGAACCGGUGGGAAACCUCCGUGCCACCUCUCCGCCCGCAGCCCGGGGAUGGGUCCGCUGGGGGUGUGUAGAGGGGAACGGAGGACUGAGGGAAGCCCAGGACCGCAGUCUCACCGCCUAACGGCCGUAAGACGUGAACGACAUCCACAGAGAGCCGAGCGGGGGUUUUGCCGUGGCGGACCGCUGCCCCCUCCGCCCGCCCCGUCGCGGAACCGCGGCGCCAACGAGCGGCGCUUCGGCCGCACUGCAGCGCUGCCCGCCCGCGGGGCACUGCGCAGGCGCCGUGUGCCCCCCCCUCACGCUCACACCCUCUCCGUGCCACCCUCGGGGAAUCCCACGGAGAUCGGGGACGGGGGGGGGGAACAGAGCUCGGCCAAGACCGGCCCUCCCGCAGUGUGCCCCGGGCUCCGCGAGGGGCGGGAGGAGGGAGAGCGUUUCCCCCUCUCCCCCCCCCACCGCCGCUGAACGGGGGCAGAAAAUAGCGCUGAGCGCAGCGGUGCGCGGGGAGCUUUCCCCUAAAAAGGGCAGGAGAGCGGCGGGAUUUAACGGGGCGAGGGAACCUCCGCUCCUCCCGCACUGCUCCCUAUUAACAGGGCGUCUUAAAAAAAGAAAAAAAAGGCAAACAAACAGAAAAAAGCAAACACGGGGUUAUUUUUGUUUUCGUUCCUGUCCUCGGCUCGGCUCUGCGGGACGGGAGCGCGGCUCGGGCCCCUCCACGCGUUGCGGUUUGGGGAGAACAAUGUUGUAUUCGUUUACGGAGGAGCUCAGGGAAAGAAGUUUCAAAAGAAAAAAAAAAAAAGAACAGAAGGGAAGUUGCGUUCUGCACCGCUCCGACGUGCCCACAACGGCGGGCCGCCCCGCCGGACCCCCCCAGACGGGGGCAGACGCUCCGUGCCGCCCCCCCUGGGCUGCCCCCACCCGCCCCCGGCGCGUUUCUCCUCUCGGUUCGGCGUUGCCACGAAGAGACCGACGGCUCCGUUUCGUUCCCGCAUACGCGGUCGCUUCGCUAACGACUGCGGUGGGGUUUGGCCCCACAGAGCGCUGCGGACACCCCGGGACCGCCGUAGAGUGGAGGCGGUGUCCAGAGGCGGAGAACAGCGGCUCUCCCCGCCCCGCGACGGUUGAGCUGCAGCGGGCGCACGGCCGAUGAGCGGCCCCCGAAGCCCCGACGUGCGCUCCCUCAGCCCGUACGCACCGACGGGGCGGGACUCGGUAAGGCCGGCCCCACUUUAAGGGAGGCAACGCCCCUUUCGGCACUGCUCACACCCCUCUGCCACCCGGGAGCCGCGCGGGGGGGCAGGGGGAAGGCCCCCCAUUGGUGAGGCUCCCCGUCACUCACGGCCGGCCCGCCCCCCCACCGGGGCCGGCAGUAAAUACGGUGCCGGGCGGCGCGGCGGCACUGGGAGUUGCUGUCGGGGCCGCCCGGCGGAGGGGAGCAGCCUACAGCCCGGCCGCGACGUGGCUCUGCCGGGGCUCCGCGUUGCCGUUCCCCGGACGGGGCGGGCGGGACAGCGGCGAGGCCGCCGUAGGCGCUCCCCGGGGCCGGGAACGAGCAGCCCCCCGCACCGCCCCGCCGAGAACGGGGAUCUACCGGGACGGGGCCCGGUUGCUCGCGGCGAGCCCCGCCGCUCUCCUCGCACCCCCCGGCCGCGGCGGCGGCUCCUUGACGCCCUCCGUUGUGAUGCGUAUUCCCGUAGAUCCGAGCACCAGCAGGCGCUUCACACCCCCCUCCACGGCGUUCCCCUGCGGUAAGAUGGGAGAGAACAGCGGGGCGCUGGGGGCCGCCGCCGCGGGCGGUCGGGCGCGGCCCGAGGUGCGCUCCGUCGUGGACGUGCUGGCGGAUCACGCCGGCGAAUUGGUGCGCACCGACAGCCCCAACUUCUUGUGCUCCGUGCUGCCGUCCCACUGGAGGUGCAACAAGACGCUGCCCGUCGCCUUCAAGGUCGUGGCUCUCGGAGACGUCCCCGACGGAACGGUGGUGACGGUGAUGGCGGGGAACGACGAGAACUACUCCGCGGAGCUCCGCAACGCCUCCGCCGUGAUGAAAAACCAAGUGGCGAGAUUUAACGACCUCCGAUUUGUCGGGAGAAGCGGCAGAGGAAAAAGCUUCACCCUGACGAUCACAGUGUUCACCAACCCCACCCAGGUCGCUACGUACCACCGAGCCAUUAAAGUCACUGUAGAUGGACCCCGGGAGCCACGACGGCACAGACAAAAGCUAGAAGACCAAACCAAACCCUUCGCCGACCGCUACGGGGAACUGGAGCGGCUGCGUCAGUCCAUGAGGGUCACCCCCACAACACCCAGCCCCCGUGGAUCCCUCAGCACCCCGAGCCACUUCGGGUCGCAGGCUCAGACUCCUAUCCAAGGCACAUCAGAGCUGAGCCCCUUCUCGGACCCGCGGCAGUUCGACCGCUCCUUCCCCUCGCUGCCAACCCUCACCGAGACCAGGUUCUCCGACCCACGGAUGCAUUACCCCGGCGCCAUGUCAGCCGCCUUCUCCUACACCGCAACCCCUUCAGCCACGGGCAUCGGGGGCAUCAGCAUGACCAGCAUGCCCACCACCACGCGUUUCCACCACACCUACCUGCCUCCUCCCUACCCCGGCUCCACGCAGAAUCAGAGCGGACCCUUCCAGACCAACCCCUCUCCCUACCAUUUGUACUACGGCACGUCAUCGGGCUCGUACCAGUUCUCCAUGGUGGCGGGUGGUGAGCGCUCUCCCACCCGGAUGCUCUCUUCGUGUACGAGCGCCUCGGCGGGGAACAACUUAAUGAACCCCAACCUGGGCAAUCAGAAUGACGGGGUGGAUGCGGACGGGAGCCACAGUAACUCACCGACAACCAUGACGACUACUGGGAGGAUGGAUGAGUCGGUUUGGAGACCCUACUAGGAAGGAGGAGGGCAGCUGGGCACCGAGAGCUUUAAGCAGAUCGGCCGUCGUGACGUUACUCCUUUCCCAUCGAAAUGAUGCCGAGGGAAAAGGUAAACCAAAGUCUCCCAAACCAAAAGCAAAGCAGGAGGAAUCCUCUACACAUAACCACGGGCAAACAUCAAGCAAAGCUGGGCCGGGACCUGCGUUACAUUUCAAGAUGAACGUCCACAAGGCUUGAAUUUGUCGCUUGAUGUGGUUCCUUUCAUAUGGUUUUAAUAUGUGGAUUGUACAUAGGGAAAAAAAAGAUGCGUGGAUUCAGAUGUUUGUUUACUGCCGAACACUUCUCGGUCAUCUCACUUGCACCCUCAUCCCCACAAAGAGCAGUCAGGAGUCAGGGAAAGCUCGCCCUUCUGCAAAGCGCUCCAGAGACAAGAGCAGGAAAUCACCCGAGCCAUCUCUGUGCCGAAGCACAAAGACUGAACUGAAAAAAAAGGAAAAAAAAAAAAAAAAAAAGGAAGAAAAAAAAAAAAAAAGGAAAGAAACCUUUGUCUCCUCUCAUUCCCUCCCAGAGCGUAGGGCUGCUGCCCAGCAAAGAGCUCUGGUUUACAGCACAAGUUACAGGCUGUAUGUUCCUCAUGGGUCGGCAUCAGCCACGUGAAGGGGAGCUGUGAUGGGGCUGUGAUUAUUCCUUGCUGACGACAGAGGUUGUAUUGUUCAUUUCUGUGCAUUGUCGUCGUUUUUUAAGCAGUAGCGUGGCUGAUCCCGUGCCCGGCAGGCCCUCCCCUCUCCUCUAUGUUUACAUAUGAGAUGUACUUUUUACACGAUGCGUUGUGUUUUGUUUGCUCUCUCGCCUUGACCUCACCGUUCAAUUCUUUGCUCCUCUUAGCAGAUCUCAGCCAUGGUGAUGAUGGUGGCGUGUGACAUGAAGGCGGUGUUGGGGGCAAUCCGAGAUGUGUGAGAUGCACUUCCCAGCUCCUGAGCUGCUGUGGGGCUGGGGAACUUUUGGCACUGCGCUGCCGUGGGUCUGUGGGUCUUCUUUGGAUCCUCUCUGAGCGCCUGCGCACACAGCUGGUGGCGAAGCAUCCUCCUGCUGUGAUUCUUUCCUGUGUUUUCACCAGGAGUGGAUCGACACAGGAUGACUUGUUUUAUUAAGCAACGACUGGCACUUAUCAGUGCGUGCUGAUAGCGCCAACUGAGAUCUGGAGAAAGGAGCGCUUCCUAUUCAGCCCCUUUAAUGGUGGGAAGGUCGUCAAGCAACGCCAGCUGUCAUCCCACAUCCCUUCCUUUCCUCCAGGUGUCCUGGAGUGCUGGUGUCGGCUCAGCAGCUGAAGGACCGGCAUUUGGGGUGACUGUGGAACCACUGGGGUUCUCUCUGAGCCCCAACGCACACCGUGGUUCCAUCCAUUCCCACCAGUGCUGGGUUGGUGGUUGGACACGAUGACCUUAGAGGUCUCUUCCAAUCUUAAAGAUUCCACGACCCGCAUUGUGCCUCUCUGUGCACGAGCAUAAGAAAACAUAAACCCAGCAGCUGCCCUCCCUGCUGAAUUUAUGCCCUUAUGGGCCGCAACACCUCUUGCCAAAUCUCAGUUGGUAGCUCAUCAGCAAUCAGUUCUAAUUGCACUACCACGUAGAGAUGGGAGCAAGGCAUCCCCAUUUAGUCGGAAAGCUGCGAUGACCACUCAGUGAGUUAAACAUGCAACAAGAGAAACAACUCUUCUAUAAGGUUCAUCCACCCCCCCAAAUCCCUUCCCCAGCAAAACUGCAACGUUCACGUCCUUGAGCAAACAGCAGGCACCUUUGGGUGCUCCCAGCUGGAGAAACUGGACCGGAGCAGCCUGUGUUUGGAUGCAUUUAUAUUCAUCAUCCAAUCGCACCACUGAUUGAAAGCACAAGCAAACAAGGCAUUCGUAGGACUAGCUUAAUUUAAGACUGUUCGUAGUGAAUUAAAAAGAAAAGCAACGAUGUUGUUUUUAUGACAUAUUGUCAUGUGAAGGCGUAAAUAUACGCACCUCUAUGGGAUGCAGAUGGUCACGAGACAGGCCAAUGUUUUUUGCUUUGCACUAUAAUUUGCUUUUUUUUUU